AAGGCUUUUAAACACCAAGAUUCACAGCCAAAAUGGGAGGUGCACCUAAUAAGAAAGAAAACCGCGAGAAGUUUCACGGUAGGAAGGACCACAAUGGUGUGGCUCUUCUUCCCCGUAAGCGAUUCUACCGCCAGAGAGCCCACGCCAAUCCUUUUUCAGACCAUACUUUAGAAUAGUAUGUCUUCGUUUGCCAUAUCUUGGAAGCCCUAUCUGACCCUUUUAACAGUCCAAUCUCACCGAAACAUAUGGAUUGGUCUGAAUAUUACCCAGCAUUUGCUUCAGAAGCUUCAGAGACACAGCCCGACUCCCCGCGACAGCUGACAAAAAAUGUCGAGAUUGUCGACAUUGGAUGCGGCUUUGGUGGUCUUCUCAUGGCUUUAGCGCCCAUUUUGCCAGACUCUCUCAUGCUUGGCCUGGAGAUUCGCACACAUGUCACACAGUUUGUUCAAGAAAAGAUCUGGGCGCUCCGCGAACAAAAUGGAGGCCAGAAAUACCAAAAUGCGGCUUGCAUUCGCGCUAACUCGAUGAAAUUCUUGCCAAACUUCUUCAAAAAGGAGCAGCUAAGCAAAAUUUUCAUCUGUUUCCCGGAUCCUCACUUCAAAGCCAGGAAGCACAAGGCUAGAAUUGUAUCCACAACCCUGAAUUCGGAAUAUGCCUUUGUUCUGCGUCCUGGAGGCAUAGUUUACACAAUCACUGAUGUCGAGGCUUUGCAUCAGUGGAUGGUCGAACACUUCAACUCUCACCCUUCCUUUGAGCGCAUACCAGACGAUGAGGCUGAGCAGGAUCCAUGUGUGGAUGUUAUGAGACGAGAAACAGAGGAGGGAAAGAAGGUGGAAAGAAACAAGGGUCUCAAAUUUGUUGCACUGUUUCGAAGAUUGGAGGACCCCUCUUGGUAACACUGUCUUUUAGUAGACCAUCUGGCGUAAGGACUUUCUUUUUAGGCGAAAAAACUAACCAAAAGUUGUAUUUGGGGAUUAUAUAUGCUCCACGCUUUAUAUUUCUAUCAGUGCCAUAGUUAUUAUAGAGCUUUUAAAAAGCAAAAUAGGGAAAUAAACAAUUUAAAAUUUCA